CAGAUAAGGCAUUCAAGGCAUUGAACAUCUCGAUAACAACAAGAACAGAUAGACUUAGAGUUGAUGCCUUUUGUUUACCCCAAGAGAAAUACAAGCAUGGAUCCUUAGAGAAAUCAUAUUUGUCAAAGUUAGCAACUUUGAAUCCUUCCCAAUGAUGGCAUUCAGCCCAAUUUCUCAAUUAAUGGAAUGUGACAACUGGAUGUCCAUCUCCAGCCCAUUCAUAUCCCAAAUAAUAGUACACGAAAACGAAGACUGUGGCUAAACCAACAUAAGUUCCAACAACACAAUAUCUAACAAAUACAAAUUCAGUGAUGAUUGGUUCAUCGUGUUUUCUUGGUGGUUUUUACAUGACAUCAGGAUCAGGUGGAUUGAAUGAUAAAGCAGUAGCAGGGAGACCAUCAGUGACUAAAUUGACC